AUGUCAAAAAAUUUCUUAGAUAUUGCAUCACUCUUUUCUGACAAUCCACAACAUACAUGGUCUAAUGGUAUCCAAUCAUCAAGAAUUGAUCAAAUUUGGAUAUCACCAUCAUUAUCACUUACACCAAUCUCAUUCAAAACAAUUGAUAUUACUCCAUUUUACAAUGCUGAUCAUAAAUUAAUUAUAUGUUCAUUUGAGAUAUCUAACUUAACCUCACAACCAACAACACAUUCCAUAAAAACCAAUACAUUUUCACCACAUGCUACUCCUCACCGACCAUUAAUCAACACCUCAUUAUUCAAACAACAUCGUAAAAUCACACAUCUCCUUUCUUCAUUACAUUCAUUUAAACAAUCUACUCCAUUGCCAAUAAAAUGGCAUACAACAUUUUGCUCAAUUAAAACCAUUGCUUCCUUACAUAACUACACAUUCCCUAAACGGGACUUCAUCAACAAACAAAUCACUGAAAAUAUCAAAAAACGUUGUAAUAACAUGAAAGACAACCUCUCAAGUAUGCUCUCAUCAAUUCUUGAAAAACCUUACAGAUGUAUUGACCUUAACAAAAUCUUGAUUACUCUACCUGAUGGAUCUCAACAUAUAUCCUCAGAUCCAGACACUGUGAAAUCUCAUACAAGAAUUCACUUCUCAAAUAUUUCUAGCACAGCAAAUAAUCCACCUCCUAAUAACUUAUGGAAUGAGUGGGCUCAUGUCUAUCAACCCCUAAACUACAUCAAACCUGAAUGGUAUGACUCCAUACUAUCACCUAUUACAAAAACUGAAUUACUAAAUAACAUAUGA